AUGUCAAGUGCUUACGGUCGUAUUCCCAAACCUCAAGGAACAUCUGAUUUGAGUGCUAUUUUGCCUAUAAAGAAGAUACUGCGUAAUGGAAUUGAAGGUUAUAUCCAGCAAGUAGAUCCAAAUAAUAAACCUUUGGUCGAUUAUCUUCAUUCAAGAUUCAAUAAAGAGAUUGAGGACGGUUCGACUUAUCCCCAGGAAAAUACGCUGAAUGUGCAGGAGUUUAGAGAUUAUUUCUUGGGGUACGAUGCCUUUGUCAUGUCCAAAGACGGCAUAAUUGAACCUCAAGUAGACUAUGAUUGGACUGACAAGGUCAUUGGUAUGUUUUACAUCAAGCCUAAUUAUCCUGGUCGAUGUUCCCACAUUUGUAACGGAGGAUUCUUUGUCAUGGAUCAUUACCGUGGAGUGGGUGCAGGAGUGGCUAUGGGUGAAGCAUUCAAAACACUUGUUCCUGCUAUAGGCUACAAGGCAUCCUUGUUCAAUCUUGUAUUUGAAAACAACCCAGGUUCCAUAGCCAUCUGGAAAAAGCUCGGUUUCCAGCAAGUGGGCCGUAUUCCAAAUGCUGGAAGAUUGAAGAAUAGUCCUGACAAACUAGUAGAUGCUCUCAUGUUUUACUAUGACUUUACACAAUAA